AAUUUCACGCUAUAAUUCACGGGCGAGGUUUGCUCGACUUUCAAGAGCGGCUGCCCCGAUCGUUAUGCAUCCUAGAUAUAACGCAAUUUAUGCAAGAUGUGCAAGAUCUCGCAAGCCACGCCCUAAUCCCAGGAGACUGCAAACCAUGCAAUCAUCUGGAGCAUCCAGCGAAGCACCACCUCUGCCACCUCGACAAGCAUCAAUGGGCUCCACUAGCCCUUCUUUCCCUCCACGCAGCGUCUCUCUGCCUCCUGACCAAUCACGUCUGUUAGGCAUUGCCGAAGCGGUUGCUGAGGAUACGCUUGUCAAAGUGGCAGAGGCUAUCCGCAACGACGUUACUGCCGCAGGAGACGAUUUGACCGUUCUCCAGUCGAUGACUGCUCUGGCACGCGACCGUUACGCAGAGUAUAACGCAACAGCACAAGAGCUUAUAGCUGGCAUGGGCAAAGUUCAACACACUUACGCGGAAAUGGAAACAUACAUAGAUCAAAUAUUUGAUGUGGAGCGUCAGGUUGCAAGCAUUGAACAAGUUGUUUCGGAACUCGAUGAUUACACGAAACGCCUCGAAGAAAGCUUGAAGCGACGAAAAUAGAAUGGCGGCUUGUUGAAACGAGCCGAUGCGAGUCGCUGUGUUUCACUGCGAUGCCCGAGAUCUGCAUAUCCCAGUGCUAAUUACUUUGCUUUCAUCGGAUUGUCUCAAGUUGCGCUUAUCCCCGGACGUGCUUGGAGGCCUUCUGCCUAAAGGCCAGUGAUACCUACGGAUAACAUUUGGGGGACCUCCACAAAAGCCAAGAACAUACUGGUAAAAUGGUGGUCGUUUCUAGGACAGUAGAGGAGCGACUUCGGGUGAGGAUCCAUUCGUGUGAGGGAGCGGCAACAUGGGAAACCCCCAGCAGAUGGAUAUCCCAACCUCCGGGGCAAUAUAUUCAAAGCUUCUUUGACAAACGGAAGGGUUUUUGUCGAUAUCAUGAGGAUGUGGCCAUUGGUGCCACAGGCAUGAGUGCACACUCGCUGGUUUCUUGUUUAACACAGAGGCCGCUGAAGAGAAGAGAGAGGAGUGGGAAGGAAGUAUAGACUCAAGUUGUUUGGCCACUGUAAAAGAAACACAAAAUAACAGUAGAAUAUUACAAAUGCA